GCCAUCCCCUAUCUAUCUUGCUCUCUCCACUACCAAGCGAACCAAUAUCACCCUAUUAGUUCUUGCAGCCAUCACAGAAGAUGAGGAAGCUGGAAGGGUAACAGCGCAAGCUCAUGCCAACUUUUCUACUCUGCACCUCAUCCUCCCCAGUGCCCCCUACUCCUUCCCACCAUCCCCUGUACAAGAAGUCUACCAGCAGGAACCCACAAGAAACCAUCUCCCUGAAAGCAGUAUGUUCACCUGGUGUCCAUUCCAUUACAAGCGCCAAUGACACCAUCAUCGGCCCUACUUCCUGCAUCAAUGAUCGUAGAAAUGUCCUCAACCAAGACAAGCUCACCCUUUCCUUGCUCCACGAGUACACGCGAGCCGGUCGGAUGCGCGAAGCCCGCGCCUUAUUUAAUGCAAUGCCCGACAAGACUCUCGUCUCAUGGACCAUCCUCAUGUCAGGCUACACACUCCACGGCCAUGCCAUCGAGGCCAUGUCUCUGUUCCGCCAAAUGCUCCGACUACCGUCCGACGAUACUCUGCAACCAGACCCUUUUGUUUUCUCUGUAGUGUUGCGUGCUUGUGCGUCGAUAGGGAGUGUUGAUCUUGGCAGAGAAAUACACUGCUCCAUCUUGAAGUUGUGUUACAUGGAGGACUUGUUUGUGGCCAAUGCUCUUGUGACCAUGUAUGCGAGCUGUGGAUCAGUUCAGUACUCGGCACGGGUCUUCUGGGGAAUCCACCAGCCUGAUUUGGUUUCUUGGAGCUCCAUGUUGAGUGGAUAUGUGAAGAAUGGGCACUACGAGGAGGCGCUAAGGCUCUUCAGCGAGAUGGCUCAGGCCGGAGUCCAGUUCGAUGCCUUUGUUUUGUCUAUUGUUCUGAAAGCAUCCGCAAAUCUGGGCUGCACUAAUUUUGGAAUUCAGAUCCACUCCUGCAUGGUAAAAAUGGGUUUGGAUUCUUGCUUGUUCUUGGAGAACUGUUUAAUGGAAUUCUAUGGGAGAGCCGGAGAACUGGGCAUCAUGAGGCAGGUCUUUGAUAAGAUGCUAGAAAAGGAUUUGGUUUCUUGGAAUACUAUCAUCACCUGCUGCACUCACAAUUUCUAUAAUGAAGAAGCCCUGACGCUAUUUCGUGCACUCAUUGGUGAAGGUUCGGAGUGUGACGAAUUCACAUUAGGCAGCACCCUUCAGGCUGUCGCCAGUUUGAAAGCUCUGAAUCAUGGUAAGGAAAUCCACGGGUACGUUAUCCGAGCUGGCUUUGAAUCAGAUAGCCAUGUCAACAGUGCUCUUCUCGAUAUGUAUAUUAAAUGUAUCGACCAUGAGACAUCGGAUUAUAGAAGUAAUAUGGUCCCUCGUAAGAUCUUCAGAAGCCUCCAGUCCAUGGGAGCAGAAUUUGAUGAGUUUAUUAUGGCAAGCGUUCUGAAGUCUUGUGCUAUGCAAAAGGAUUUAGAAACAGGAAAGAUGAUCCAUGCUUGCAUUAUGAAACUUGAAAUAAAGUUGGAUGCGUAUGUGAUCAGCUCACUGAUUGAUAUGUAUGCCAAGUGUGGGAUUCUUGAGGCAUCUCUCAGGGUGUUUGAAGGAACAAAGAAAUGGACCACGGUGCCAUGGUCUGCUAUCAUUGCUGCGCACUGCUGGAAUGGUCAUUUUCUAGAAGCUCUCCGGUUCUUUAGGAAGAUGCAGCUAGAUCAAGUUAAUGCUAAUGAAUUCACUUAUACUUCCGUCCUUCUAGCUUGCACUGCUUUAGGAAGUCUUAGAAGGGGGAAAGAGAUCCACUGCCAUAUAAUCAGAAAUGGUUACGAAUCAAAUGUUUCAGCUGUGAACAGCCUCGUCAAUCUUUACUCGGGUCUAAGCAAACCCCAGCAAGCUUUGAAGUUGUGCUCGACGAUUUUCGAACAUGAGAUCUCAUGGGGUUCAUUAAUCAAAGCCCUUGCUGAAGCAAAGGACUAUGAAAUAAUUCUUAAGCUGUUCCACAGAAUCCAACGUUCCAAUGGGCAACUUGAUCAUGCAUCAGCUUGUUUUGUUCUGAAUUCUUGUGGGAGUGCAUUUUUCCUCAAUGCAGGGAUCCAAGCCCAUACCUACAUCACAAAAAAGGGACUAGUCUCUAGCCCCAACAUGAGCAAUGCUCUCAUCAAGAUGUACUCCAACUGUGGAAAUCUCGCACACGCCAUUGAUGUUUUUAACCAGAUGACUGAAAGGAAAUCUGCUUCCUGGACCUCAAUGAUCUCUGCCAAUGUGCACAAUGGGUGCCCAUCUUCAGCUCUUGAGCUCUUCAUGCUGAUGAUCAGGAAGGGGAAGAAUCCAAAUUCCAACACAUUUGUUUCUGUUCUGAAGGCCUGUGCUCAAAUGGGACUAGUAGAUGAAGCAUUCCGUUUGUUCGUAUCCAUGACUGAAGUUUAUAAGAUCAAACCAUCAGCUCAACAUUAUUGCUGCAUGGUCGAGGUUUUGGGCCAAGUCGGAAUGCUCAGAGAAGCAGAGCACUUUAUUGACAGUGUCAUUCCCUUUGAACCAGGUGCUCCAAUUUGGAAGGCUCUUCUUUCUUCGAGUAGGGUAUAUGAAAAUAUGAAGGUUGCGAAGCAUGCAGCAGAGAGGCUAGUAGAACUUGAACCGACUGAUAUUAAAACGAAUAUACUUCUCCAGCAGGUCCUCCUAGCAUCAGGUAAGUGGGAGGAUGUUGCAAGGCUUAGAAAGAGGAGCCUGAAGACGAGCUCUAGUUGGAUUGAAAUAAGAGAAAAUGUGCAUGAGUUUGUGUCAGGCCAGAUUGUUACAAUGGAAAUCUCCAAUAAAUUGGGUGAAGUGGCAAGGAUGAUGGAGGAAUUAGGUUAUGUUGCUGACAAGAAGCAUUGGCUGCACAAUGUAGAAGACUCCCGAGGAAAGGGUACACAUCAUGCAGAACUCAUGGCCUUGGCUUAUGGGCUUGUUUCCUUACCACAUGGGACACCAAUUCGAGUGUUUAUGAAUGCAAGGAUGUGUGGUGCUUGCCACUCAUCUUGCAAGUUCAUCUCAACGUUUGUGAGGCGAGAGGUGGUCAUCAAGGACACUUGCAAGUUCCACCAUUUCAAAGAUGGUAAAUGUAGCUGCAAGGACAGAUGGUAGAAAUGCGGCUUUAAAACAUUCAAUUCAACUGUGUAUAAUCAAUCCUCAAGGAAGUUGUUUCAGAAGAAUCUGAGAAUCAGUAUACUUAAGUCUUUUAGAUGUUAAGGGCCGAAAAUUUAUAUCGAUGUCAAACAUUUCGAGAUUUUUGAAGGAUUCUACAUAUA